GCAUUGGCCAAGCUGGAGGAGAAACGGCUUUGCCAUUUGGAUGUGAAGCCCGAGAAUGUGAUGGUCAACUUCCCGAGGAAGAACACCAACGAGAUCAUUUGUAAGCUGAUUGAUUUUGGGUUCGUCGUGGACCUGAACUAUGAGGGCCCCUGGAUGGGAACUCGGAAGUAUUCGCCACCCGAGUGUUGGCGGGAUUCGGAUACCCAGGGUUCAGCCUAUCCUGUCAUGGAUACCGGAAGAGGCUACGACUCUUGGAGUGCCGGCGUGCUCAUGUUUGAGCUCCUUACUGGCGACUGGCAGACUGCCGUUCGGAUCUGGCGCAGCCGGGACGUGCAGGGCUUUGCAGCCGAGCUUCGUUCACGGUUAAAUCUCGAGGAUUGGGUGCAAGAGUCGAUUCAGAUGUUGGGCAGGUCGGCCAUCCCGUCAUCCUUGAGAGGUGCAGCCGGUCGCAUUCGACCGAUUUUCCAGGGGGCCUUUGCGCUCAUCCAGCGCCUCCUUUGGGCAGAUCCCGAUGAGCGUCUGACGCCCAAGCAGGCGAAGUAUUUCCAAGUGAAUUUCCUCUAUGACGAUGCCCUCUACGAUGCUCUGAGCGAGAGUGAGCGUGCCAUCGUCCCUGCAGAG